AUGUAUUUAUCUAUCUCAUAUCAGUCUUAUCUAUCUAUCUAUCAUCUAUCUAUCUAUCUAUCUAUCUAUCUAUCUAUCUAUCUCAUCUUUCUUUCUUUCUUUCUUUCUUUCUUUCUUUCUAUCCAGCUUCUCACUAUUAUUUUUGUUCUUUCUUUUUCUUUCUUUCUUUGUUUCCUUCUUUCUUUCUUUCUUUCUUUGGAGCUUCUCACUAUUAUUUUUGUUCUUUCUUUUUCUUUCUUUCUUUCUUCUCACUAUCAUUCUGUUAUGCUUUCUUUCUUUCUUUCUUUCUUUCUUUCUUUCUUUCUUUCUUUCUUUCUUUCUUCUAGCUAUCAUUUCUUUGUGCUUUCUUUCUUUAUUUCUUUUGUCCCAUCUGCCACAGAGGCAGAAGGCCAAGUAUUUACUCCGCCUUCCAGUGCCGCUCCACCCGUAGACCGCCCGUAUCUCAUAUCUUACUUAAUGGAAUCUUUCUCACUCACUCUUUAUUUAUCUUACACUAACUCUUUUUUCUCUACUUCUUCUUCUUCCUCUUUCUUUCUUUCUUUCUUUCUUUCUUUCUUUCUUUCUUUCUUAGUCCGUUCAUCUAUGUCUUCCUAUAUCUAUUUAUCUCUUCCAAGCUGUUCUAACUCAAUUCAUUUCCUGACCCUAAUACCAGUUCCAAACCCGGACUCCCCACUCUACAUGACAAUAACCCUCUUCUGUUCACCAGCCUAUUUACUCUUGCUGCAUGCACCUCACGGAGCGCCGGUAUCAACACAUAUUUACCCCAUUAUGGUACAGGACUGUUCUUCAUCCCGAUAUAAAAAAAAAAAGAAGCUGGAGUCACUUACCCCAGCAAUCUAA